AUGCCACAUAUCUAUGCAAUUCCCGCAUCAGAAGCGUCAGCAUUUGCUCCACCAAAGCUUGUCAACCUUUGGGCCGCUGGAACCGAGAUCACCGUACCCAGCUACGCCUGGCGCUUGACUGAUACUUGUUUUCUCAUGCUCUUCAUCGUUCAAACCUUGUUAUUCAUUGGCUUGGUUUGCCAGGAUGCAGAUCUAACAGUCAAGCUGUUCAAUCUCAAAGAAGGCAAAUGGGCUGGUAAGGUGACGAAUCAAGUCAUAAACGGAAUUGGAAGAAAUUCGUUGAAAGAGAAGAUCAAGGAAGAGAUUUUGACGGAGCUGAGAAUAGCGAUCGCAAGGGAACAGCGCAAAUGCGGCUCUGAACUUUCCCAGCACUAA